CUCCUCAGAUUGUGGCUCCAUGGAUCUGCCCAUGAGGAACAGUGGAACACCUUGCAGCGUCACCAGUGCCACCAGUGAUACCUUUACAGUGCAGAGCUCUUCUGGGAAACGCUGGCACUACAGCAGUGAGAUGAUCAAGGAAUUACUUAACCAAGUGAUGGGGUCUGGGAGUAGCAUGGACCCCCAACAUACUCAGGAAGUUCAUGCGUAGUCUGGGACAGCAACAGGACAGCACAGACAAAAAGGCAGCUCUGCAUGACUCUGGUCUCGAUUCGCCAAACAGUGUAGACUUUCAGAGUAUAUGUAAAAAACUAGUUAGAUCCAGCCAUACAUAUGAUAAACAUUCUAGGAUAAAGUCUGCAUUGACUCACAGUGGCCAACAUAAGUUGGGUGAUGUUAAAGUGGAAAAGUCCAGUAUACCAAAUGUAGGUCAGAUUCUGCCCAUUGUGCCUUUCCAAGAACCCACGCAUUUCCCUGGGCAGAACGGAAGCUCCAUACAGUUUCACCCUCCAAACUCGUCCCUAAAAAGACCUGGGGACAAUGAUAUGGAAGGGCAACCAGCCCCCAAGGUUAGUACCCUUGAGACAUUAUUACGCAACCAGUUUCUGCCCCCGUCUAAGAUGGAGGACAUUGAUAGGUUUUUGAGUGACGCUUUGCGACACAGCGGCAAUCAGGGUGAAGAGAACUAUGAAGAUUUAUUGGAGAGUUCCAUAGUGGUCACGACACAGACAACUGAUGCUUUGUCUCCAGACAUUCUGCAGAGCAGCUUAGCCUCUCAAGUAGAGCCAUUUUUAGUGCCUUCUGAUGGCAGCACAAAUCCGCGUAACCCUGGUCAGCUGCCUAACCUCGGGUGCGGUAAUCCUGCGAUCACUUUCAGUCAAGUGCCCAACACCUUCCACAUGUCCCCCCAUAGUCCCUUGUCAUCCCCUGUGAAUCCCCAUUAUUAUCCAAAUCACAGCGUGGUCAGUCCAUCCAUCCCCCCCUCAAUGGCUGCAACCAGCACGCACACAACCUACCCCAAUUUCAUGUCCACAGGACAUGCCUGUAACUCUAUGCCCCACUCAGAGAUACCAGGUAUAUCACCCAAAUCGGAGUUCCCCUGUAGCAAUAUGCCCUUUGACGGGUCAACAGAGACGUUUGAUUAUCUCAGUGACAAUAAGACUGAAACUCAAUCCUUCGGAAUGGACGAUAAUUUCCACGAGCACUCUGUGAGACUACACUCCAGUUUCCACUCUUCCAACGCAAGUAAGCAGUUUGGAGAGCAGCAUAACCAGUACUCCUUGGAUAGCAGGUACCCGCCCAUGACGUCACCCGCAGUCACUUCCCCUCCCCCUAACCUGUAUCAGCCUGGCGUACCUCACGGAACUGUUAGCGGGACCACUGAGGCUAAGGCCAAGCUGACCCCCAUGACCGAUCCCAACUCAGGCCUGUGUCCAUACGGCACAAAAACAGAGGACUACCUGUGUUAUGAUAAAGACUUAAUGUUUGAUGACAUUGAACCUCCAUCCAGCUCCUUGAUCCCCACACCCUCAGAAGACCUGUUCCUGUCCCCAGCAGAGCUAGGGAAAGAGGGGCAGGGGAAGAAUGAGGCACUAAUGGAGAGGACUUUACAGAGUUGGCUGAGGCAUGUCACAAACACAACAAGCCCCUAAGAGACAACAAAGAGUGGAUGAGAAUGUGUAUUUCUCAGGGAUUACAUCGACAUCCACCUGGGGACAAAAGCCAGUCAGGUAUUGAGAGAACGUGGAACCAGCUGAUUGGCUCAGUGGAACCGAUUAAUGCCAGAAUAAUAGGAUUUUGUAAUGAUGUACCAGGUUUUAACAAACUUGAGGAGGAUGACAGGAAACUGAUGACUGAAAAAGCAUAUUACGACAUUUGGAUGGUGACUGCUGCUCCCUUUUUUAUUGGUGGAGAGAGCUAUCUUCAGUUCCCUAGCGGCGAGCCGUACACCAGAGAAUGGAUGACGCAUUUUCUCAAGGAAGGUUUUGUGGAUAUGAUGUUUGACUUUGCUGACAGACUCAAUUCCUGCAAACUGACAGAUCUGGAAAUGUCAAUACUGUGUGCUAUACAACUUACCUACCCAGAUCGAGAAGGGAUAAAAAGGCUGGAGGAGGCGAGAAGCCUACACAAUCACUCCUAGAUGUGCUGGACUACUCCAUGUCUAAAUCCCACCCAAACAACCACAGCCGUCUGCUCAUUGACAUUUCAAGUUGCUUCCACAGCUGACGAAAAUCAACCAACUGCAGCAAGAAAUCAUUGCCAACUUUUCCAUCGAUGGCCCUCCAGGAAUGUCAAAAAUCACAAAUGACCGUGAACAAGUUGCUACAAUCAAUGAUUUACAAAACCGAUUCGGGAAGAGAUGAGCCUUAAUGGCAAAGGCAAUGAAGCGGUUAUAGGAGAUGGAUCAGUGUCCAGCACUCAGACCUGACCAGUGCAUCAGUCAUCUCUGCGCUGACCUCUGAAGACAUCACAAAACUGUUGGAUUUCUGGCUCUCACAAAGACUGAACAGAGUGCUCUCCCUUUUUGCACUCUUCAGUAUGAUAAUGUGAAUUAUCAGGGGACCAUGUCACAAAGUAGAGGGUAGUAUUGGAGUUGAAGCUCCACUCGAACCAUUCAGUGCUUUUCUUGCUUAAAGCUGCAAACUAGGACUAGCUUGCAUCUGCCAAUUCUGUAGUGCUGUUCUUUUUUUUUGUUUUGUAUUUUUUUUGUUACAAGUGCUUUAGCCAUGCUGUGACAUACGGGAAAGAUUCUGGUGCAUUUCUUGGCUAGUGUGAUGUGUUGCCAUGGUGACAGUUUAUGAAUGUCUCUGUUAACUCCUCACCUUAUACUGUCUAAUGUCCCAUACUCUCUUUCUGCUUUGCGCUGCUUUCUAUUGCAUGGAACAUCAUUACAUUGGGCAGGUCUCAAGAUGUUGUGUUAUAUAAGAAAAAUGAUUAUCAUGUUUAUGUUUUAUGUU